GCUCAAGAGCUUGGUACACUUGUACUAGGAGACACACAAGAGAGCGAAGAAGUUGUGGAGAUAUAGUUAUGUUUGCGCUCUUCCGGACAGGCAUGGUUGCACAGGCUACCGGCCGACAGGCCCUGUCGGUGGCGGCUAUGUUGUCGGCCAAGGCGACGUCGGUCGUGCCUUCCUCGCCAAUGACCGAGACGGAGGAGAGUGAGACGCCUGGUACUGCUGCUGCGGCUGCUGUCCGCGCUGCUUUCACAGACAUGGACGUUGAGCGUGGACAGCAUCCUGUUGUCGGUCGCGCGUGGAGUGCAUCGGAGCUGCGGCUCAAGUCGCUGGAGGAGCUGCAUGCUCUGUGGUUUGUGCUCCUCCGCGAGCGGAACAAGCUCAACUCGGAGCGCGAGGCCGCCCGCUCACAGGUCCGGCCCAUGGCCGCCCCUCAUCGUCUGGAGAAGACCCGCAAGUCCAUGGCUCGCAUCAAGCGUAUCCUUGGUGAGCGCUCUCAGGCCGUCGAAUCCGCCCGCCUUCUUCUCCGCCAGCGUGCUGAUGCCAAGCGUGAGCUCCAGUCCCGCAUCGAUGCCGUCCGCGAGGCCUUUGUGGCCGGCACCGCUCCGCAACAGCCAUCUGUCUAACCGCUAGCAUACCCCCCCCCCCAAACACAUCCCACAUGCA